AUGAACCCUGCCGUCUCCCGCACCGCAGCGCAAAGGUCGUUUUCCCUCAUGACAGCCGCUCGCUCCGCCGCGCGGUCUAUGGAACCUCAUCCCUUCCAGCGCGUUUCCGCUACACGAAAAUCAGCCAAGGCCGACUGGGCCGGCGAGGCAAAACGUCUGGGUAAACAGAUGGCCAUAUUCGCCCCUGGCAUUACCGUGCUACUAGGGUGGCCGUACCUUGCCAAGGUCAUUGCUGAUGGCCACGUCUAA